ACUUUGAACGGCCGACAUUGAUAGUAUAUACAAAAAAUUACAACUUAAACAAAAUGGCUCAAUUCAUAGGAAAAUGGCAGGCUGGCAAAGGCUCAAUGUCAAAUUUUGAAGCAUUUGGUAAAGCUAUGGGCCUUCCUGGUGAAUUACUAGAGAAGUUUAGAGACUCUACCUGGACAUCUACGAUCAGUAAAGAUGGAGACAUGUGGUCGGUUGAAAGCGAAUCUUCUGUUUCACCGAAAAGGACGUACAGUUACCAAGAAGGGAAGGAACUAGUAACCACAAAUAUGUUCGGAAAAGGUCUUAAGUUAACCGCAACGUUUGAUUCUGAUACUAAAAUGACUCUUAUGGAACAGACUGAAGAUGAAAAUGGCUGGAAAAGCCUGAAAGCAGUACGAGAAAUAAAUGGUGACAAGAUGAUAUCUACAAUCCAGGAACUUGAAAGUGGAGUAUCGAUGACACAGGAAUUCACAAGAGUCUGAAAGAUGAAAUGUUGUAACAGUUGUGCAUAAACUAUAAUUGAAAUUAAAAGUAUAGACAAAUACGUCUGUCUAGUUGGUCGAAACAACAUUUUCCUAGAUGUAAUUUUAGUUACUUAGUGACCAAGAAAUCAUUUGAACAUGUUGAACAUGAUAGGAAUGAUAGUUAAGAGUAGGCUACUGAAUUACCUAUAGGUACGACUUUUAAGCAAACAUCUUUCUUUUAAACGACACCUGUUAAAAUUUUGAUAUAUCCUGGAUACUGGUUACGUUGCAGAAAAUUUGAAUAAAAAGCAUGAAUCAAC